AUGAUGCGUAGUAUAUUUUCUGCUAUUAUUUUUCUUGUCUUAACGAGAGUCGUUUACGCAAUAGAUCCUCGUUGGGGCCAAGGAUGCACCUACAUUGAUCGGACAGAGCAAAUAUACUGCUUUGGUGGAGAACCGUUCUCGGAGAACUCUCAGCAAAUUUUAGUCUAUGCUUUAAAUAUUACUGGCAAUAGCGUACUCGAUCUCUCAGAGCCACAAUGGACUGAUAUUCCAGGCGACCCAAACGGCAUCAGACCAAGCGCUGCGUCCCGUUUUACGUUCACUGGAUUUCCUGGAACUGAUACAUUUUACAUUCAAGGCGGUAUUGUGUGUACUUCCUGUAACUAUAACUCAGGAUUCAAGUACAGUGUGUCAAGUAAUCAAUGGAACCAGACUAACAAAAACAAACCAGUUAUAACUGAGUGUAGUGUACAAUCCACUUAUUGUUUAUCAUGGGAUCUUUAUAGAGUUGAUGCUUCUUCUGCUCUUGUAAACGACAUUCUUUAUAGUUUUGGUGGUCAAACAUCUCCUUUAACUGGUUAUGACCAAUCAAAUACUACAUACCGUAAUACAGUGUAUUACAUAAAUGCUAAGACAGGAGCUGAUGGACCAUCUGUUAAGCCUCAAAAUGAAACACAGCUCCCACCGUUUACUUGGGCUUCUUCCAUGGUUUACUCUUAUGUUUAUAGAUCCCUUUUUAUUUUUGGCGGCAAACAACUUUCUGCUACAGAAGUAACUGCUUCUAUGAGUGAUAUUACUGUCGUUAGUCCACAAACAGGUGUAUACAGCAAAUGGAAAAACAUAAGAUCUACAAGUGGAAGUUUGCCUCCUGCAAGAUGGGGACACUCUACAAUCAUAGAUUCUAGCAAUCGUACAGUUGUCAUGUUUGGUGGUUGUAAUGAUUCUGGAAAAGCGAUGAACGAUCUUUGGCUAUUUAAUCUUGAUGACGCGGUUUGGUCUCCACAGGAAACAACUGGAACUCCACCUACUCCAAGAUGUAGACAUUCUGUCGUUGUUCUUGGAAAAUAUAUGCUUGUUUUAUUCGGUGGAAAUGAUGGGACCUUCAACUCUGAUAUUAACGUCGCUCUCGACAUGACUACUUGGAAAUGGACAAAUGCACCUACGAAUAUUUUACCAUCUGAUUCUAGCCCACCGAUUGAUUUUCCUAAUUCUUCGUCCCCACAAGGGAGCGAAGGAAUUAAUGAAGGUGGCGAUAGUUCAUCCAAUAUCUCUGGAGGUGCUAUUGCAGGUAUCGUUAUUGGAUCUAUUGUAGGCAUUGGUAUUAUAGGAGGACUCUUCUUCUUUGUGUCUAAGAAACGAAACAGAUAUUUAAGCGCCAAUGCUCAUGUAGAGGAGCUAGUUGGCAAAGAUGAAAUAACUGCUAAUCAGAUCCAUAAUGAAAACUUAUCACAAGCAAGAGGGAGUGAUUCAACUAAACCUCUAGAAAAUACGAUCAAGCCUGACCUGAAAUUUGGAGGAAUGGCGUUACCACAGGGGCCCAUAAUUCUUGAACCAGUUAAACCUCAUGGCAAAUAA